AUGCGGAGAACGAUCUAUUCAUUGGUUUUUGGAACACACAUUUUAUUUUUUGCCACCUUUUUUCACACCUCUUUGGCGCACGAUGAUGAGAUUGCGUUUGUUGAAGAUGACGUGGAAGAGGUGGAGUUGUCACCGAAGCAGACUUCCGUGGAAUGUUGUGCCACUGAGAGCGCUAGCUUCAUCAGUAAGCAUUAUUUUUUGGCAAGUACAGUAGAUGGCAAAAUAACAGCAAUGGAUAUCGAAAAAAGUGGUGAAGUGGUAUGGAUAGUGGAUGCUGAUAAUGUCCCAUUAUUAUCAAGUUCGCUUAAUCAGCAAAAAUUAGUAGCCGAUAAUUUUCCAUACAUAUUGGUCCCAUCGCUUGAUGGUUCGUUAUACAUGUUCAAUGUGAAAAGUAGUUCGUUGAGUCUAAUCCCGUUGAGUCCUAAUGCGCGGAUACUGGUUGGGAAUGAUGAGAUUGCUGGUGGGACAUUUGUAACAUCUACUGGAAUCAAUCCUCUUACUGGCAAGAUGAGAUAUCGAUGUACAGCAGGAAAAUGCAUGCAGUACGAGGCAACAACGAACGAUUCAUCGCUUUAUACCCUAAUUAUGCGAAAAAAUACACAAAUUGCUCGAGCUGCUGAUCCUCUUACUGGAACAGAGAAGUGGAAUUUAUCAGUCGGGGAAUAUGACAUUAGUCUGGUUUCAUCAGACCAUUCACUUCAUUUUGAAAGAGCAAGUGUACCUGCUCAUAUCCGUUUUCUCUUGGAACCUCCGAGCGGUACUAUUUCAGCAGUUGAUAACUGCGGAAAUUUGAAGUGGGAAAAGCGACUGUCAAGCCCAAUAGCUAAAGCUUGGCAAUUAUCUCGUGGCAAAAUCUUCGAGAUAUCACUGUUUUCUCCUGAGACUAUAGGUGCAUUGAGUGACUUUACUGAAAAUGGUCAUCAGUUUAUCUCUAAAUAUGAAGCACCGUUUUAUUUUGGAACAGUCAACUCAGUACCGUAUAUUAUACCUUCGGAGUUUAUGCGUGAGCUGCGUCGAACAUCUGCAAAUAUACAAACGCAAUAUCAUCCGCAAAUAUCAGAUUCGUCUUGUUACUCAAGGGCGCCAUUUUUAGAAGGCCUGAAAGUUGGUGAUUUGAUACGAAGAUCGUAUAGGACUGAAAAUACGAUUGAGGGUAAUCAAGUAAAUAGUGCUCGAGGUUCAGCUGCCUCAAACUCAUUGACAUGUAAUAUAUAUGAUGCAAUUACCAUUGCUGGCAGCAAAAAGUUUGAAGAAAACAUUGGAGUGACAGGUGAUUACGGUUGGUACAUAUUCAAACCACUUCGCAAGCCGUGCCAAAAAGGCAACCCUUUUCGAGAAAUAGAUCAGAAGAAGCUAAGUCCUUGUAGCUACCUCUGCAGACGAAAGAAUGUUUUGGAAGAACUGAAACAGAUCGCACAUGAACCAGUUUCAGGAUGGUGGAAACUCGUUGCACUUUUCUUGUCUUUAAUUACGAGUUCAUUUGCUGCUAUAAUUCUGUUUUACUGGCAACAGAUUCGACAUCUCAAAUUAUUUGUUUUAUUACAUGAUCUUAGGAAGAGAUCUCACACUCACUGGAAUAUUUCAUUUCCGUCGCCCCAAAAAACGAAAUAUCCAAGUGUUGGCACAUCUUUCGGUACCAGGAUGAAUCGGAAAACAAGCACAACAGCUCCUCAACCCGCACAAGAGUUGUUUUCAUCGAAAUUUCUCGAAGAUUUUGUGCCUGAGAAAUGGCUUGGACGUGGUGGUUAUGGUGUUGUUUUUAAUUGUCGCAAUCGAUUAGAUGACAGAAGCUAUGCUGUUAAACGAAUAGCAGUUAGCAACACGACUGCUGCAAUUGAUCAUGUGAAACGAGAGGCGCGUGCAAUGGCACGUCUUGACCAUCCGGGCAUAAUUCGUUACUUCCAUACGUGGAUGGAAAAACCUCCUUCCGGUUGGCAGCAAACAAAAGAUAAGGAAAUUCUUCAAAACAUUCGCUUUACUGAGGAUUCAGGAAACAAAUUCGCAAUGCAAACACUGGAAAGUGAACAGAAUAUAAUCGAAUCGAAAAAUCUUGCAACUAAGGAUUCGUCAGUCAGUAAGGAACUGUUGUAUGGAUUAAAUUUAAAUACGUCUACCAACGGAAAAGGUAUUACCAUAAGCGGUGAUGCCGAUAAUCUUUCGUGGAUAAAUGGUGGUAAUGGCAGUGAACUGAGGUCAGCAACAGAAUCGGACUCAUCUCUUGAUAUUAACAACAUGUCUAUUGGACCUGGAAUUACUGCCGUAGCUACAGGAAGUGAUGAUUCAACAGGCAUAAUUUUUGCUCAGUGUGGAAACUUACACAGCACUGAAGAAAUCGCAAAAAAAAGAUCAAGAAACGACACAUCACUGGAUCCUCUUCAACCUCCUGCUGUUUUGGUCACAAGCAUUUGCGAUUUGCAGAAUUGUAGGAACAUCAAAGACUAUGUCUACCUUUACAUACAGAUGGAGUUGUGUCAAGAGUUAACUCUGCACAGUUGGUUAUUAGCAAAUAAUAGAGAUGAAGAUCGUGAAAUAACUCGGAUGCGCAAAUGGCUUGCGGAAUUGGUCUGUGCCAUUGAUUACAUUCACAGUCAGGGCCUAAUCCAUAGGGAUUUAAAGCCUCAAAAUAUAUUUUUUUCUGCGGAGAACUAUUUGAAAAUCGGUGAUCUUGGUCUUGUGACAAAUUAUAUUAAUGAAGAAAGGACCAACUGCAAAAAAAAUGUAAUAACAGAUGUUUGUCAUACGAGUCAUGUUGGUACCCGUUUGUACAUGAGCCCGGAACAGUUGAAAGGCAAACCCUAUAAUGAAAAAGUUGAUGUAUUUUCACUCGGACUUAUCUUCGUCGAACUCAUUGUUCCUUGUAAAACUAUUAUGGAACGUAAUAGCGUAUUGUCCGAUUUACAAAAUGGUGUCAUGCCGAAAUGCUUAGAUAAUCUUUCUUCUAAGGAGAAAAAGUUCGUCGCCUGGCUGACAGUUGUCGAUCCUGAGCUUCGUCCAUCUGCGCGUCAAUUAGCUGAAUGUGAUUACCUGCACAAUGAAGUACAUAUGUUAGGCACUUCAUAUUUUCAUGAGCAUGCUGUUUUAGGAAGUUGUUAA